CAUUCCUUUCCGCAACAUUCAAUCCACAAUCAAACAUUCCUUUCCUUUGUUUUAUCGCGGAGUAGCGGCGCAGUGGUAUCCAUAAAUUUGAAAUGGCAUCAAGAAGAGAUCAAAUUCGAGAGGACAGGAGAUCAGCCUCGCCCAGGGCUGAAACUGAACCAACUUCGUCCAAGGACAAGUCACCGAUCGAUGCUCGCGAUGACCAUGGAGAGGACGAGAGGGUUUCAUCACCCGAAGAUGAUGAUCGCGAUGAAGGAGAGGCCAGUUCAGUAGAAGAUGAAGGUCGUGUGAUCACCACGGAGAAGGAUGCAGAGUGGUUGGAGAAACAUAAUGCGACGAGCGAGCUAUCAGGCGCAGAUGGUUCUGCAGAAGCACCACCUCUACCAGAAGAAGCUAUACCUCCCUUACCUUCCGAAGCCCCUCCUGCAACUGAGCCGGAUGAUGGAUGGGCACCAGUUUGGGAGGAGAGCGCACAAGCCUUUUACUUCUACAAUCGAUUUACGCAUGCGACACAAUGGACGAACCCUAGAGUACCAGAAGCAGGUCCACCAGGUGUAGACCCUGCUCCUGUACCAGCAGAGACUACUCCAGCACCAGCCACGUCAGGUUACAAUCCGGCGAUUCACGGCGAUUACGAUCCGACUGCUUGGUACGCACAACCUGCUGCCCCUGAGCCAGCCGCACAACCUAUCGACCCUUCAGCUCAAUACGCAGCCAGUGCAGCUUUCAAUCGGUUUACAGGUCGGUUCCAAAAUGCUGAGCUCACUCCCGAAAACUUCAAUGAUGAGAAUAAGAGCAAGCGACAAAUGAACGCCUUCUUCGAUGUCGAUGCGGCAGCGAACAGUCAUGACGGCCGGAGUUUGAAAGCUGAGCGCAGUGGCAAGAAGCUGUCGAAGACGGAAUUGAAGCAGUUCAAGGAGAAGCGGAAAGCAAAGAAGGAAGAGAAGCGAAGGGCUUGGUUGAGGGAUUGAAGGAUGAUAUCUUGGGAGGGCGAUUGCAUCUGUUGGCGUUGGUUUGAGAAAUGGAGUUGGAUGGCAGCACAUUGAAGGCGUUGCUUUUAGUGGUCAUAACAUGGGUAAAUGGGAUUUGCUAAUUUUUUCGUUCUCGGUAUCGAAGCCGAUACUUAGCCUUGACUCCUAUGAAGAGGUUAACUGUGGGCUGCAGGAGUGAUUCUUAGAUUUGCUUUGUAUAGUUCACAAUGCGAAGCUAGUCAGUUUCUCGAAUCUGAGUGGAAAAGUAAUUGAAUCAAAUGUCUGUUUUGGUUUGAUAUGUGUAUCUUCUUAAUUUACUCAGAACUGUGAAUUAUGCUCUGUUGUCGUUCUGGAAGAAGCAACAAAGCUGUUAUUGCCUUUCGUCUGAAUUUUCUCCAACCUAUUUUUGGGAGCCAUGGC